AUAACUGAUCCACCUUGGAGCACGCAAAAUAUGACCUAGCGUCGGCAGCACAAGUUGACAACAAGAAACCGAAAGUCUGAAAUUUCGUGUCUGUCCAUGAAAAUGACAAACGGAAGAAGAAAGAAGAAAACAGAGGACGUGAGAAAGGGAAAACAGAGGAGCGAAAAGGGGGAAAAAAUCAAAACUUUAAGCAACAUUUUCCCAUUAUGAAGUAGUGUGGACUGUGGAGUGUAGAGUAGUAGGUUGGUAGUGCUUGUUUGUCAGUCUCAAAUUCAAUCCUCCAUUUUGUACGAACAAAAGCCGGCAGGCAGGGCAUCAUUCACUUCGCUACCGCACUUUCUACCCAACAUUUUCCGCUUUCUCUCUUUUUACCCUCGUCGCUUGUGCCAUGGCGACGGCGACAACCCUGAAAGCAGGGACAAGACCGCCGUGGGUGGGUCUCGGAGCGGCGAUCUGGGUCCAAAUUGCGGCAGGGAAUGCGUACAACUUCCCUCUUUACUCCCAUUCCUUGAAAUCCGUGCUGGGUUUCAACCAGCAGCAGCUUUCUAUGCUCGGAGUGGCUAAUGAUAUCGGCGAGAACAUUGGCGUUAUCCCUGGGAUCGCCUGCAACUACUUGCCUCCAUGGGUGAUUCUCCUCGUUGGAUCUUUGGCUUGCUUCUUUGGCUAUGGCGUCCUCUGGCUCUCGCUUAGCCGCACAGUGGAGUCCUUGCCCUACUGGCUGCUCUGGCUAGCGCUAUGUGUUGCUACAAACAGCAGUGCAUGGUUCAGCACAGCGGUGCUGGUGACCAACAUGAGGAACUUCCCUCUCAGCCGAGGCACGGUCGCUGGUAUUCUCAAAGGCUAUGGAGGAAUCAGUGCAGCGGUAUUCACCGAGAUCUUCAACAUCUUGCUCCAUGGAUCCUCCUCCAAGCUCCUCAUGUUCCUUGCUGUUGGGAUUCCCAUACUGUGUUUUGCAGUGAUGUACUUUGUGAGAGCUUGUACUGAAUCAUCUGGUAAUGACCCUUCCGAAAAUUCCCAUUUCCUCUUCAUCCAAGGUGCUCUUGUCGUGCUUGGCGUGUAUGUCCUGACGAGCACAAUACUUGAUCACGUGCUUAGCCUGAACCCUGCGGUUUGUUACGCGAUUCUGGCGAUACUGUUUGCCCUCCUUCUGGCUCCUCUGGCUGUUCCCAUCAAGAUGACUUUUGCUCGAAUGACGAGUAGCAAAUCAGUACCCAUCGACAUCGACCAAAGGGUAUCCUCUACUGACUCUUUGGUGCAAGGGGAUGGGAGCAUGGAGAAAACUGAGCCAUUGCUGAUGAAGAAGUCUUCGUCGGCAACAACAAGUGAGAGCUUUAGGGAAUGCGACGAUGGGUCGGAGGUGGCAAUGCUUCUAGCUGAAGGGGAAGGAGCAAUCAAGAAGAAGAGGAGGCCUAGAAGGGGGGAGGAUUUCAGUUUCACUGAAGCUGUAGUGAAAGCUGAUUUCUGGCUCAUUUUCUUCAUUUACUUCGUGGGAGUUGGCUCUGGCGUGACCGUGCUAAACAACCUGGCUCAGAUAGGGAUUGCACAAGGAAUGCAUGAUACAACAAUCUUACUCUCACUCUUCAGCUUCUGCAAUUUUGCAGGGCGCCUUGGUGGAGGCGUCAUCUCUGAACAUUUCGUCAGGACGAGAACAAUCCCUCGAACAGUAUGGAUCACAUGCGCCCAAGCACUGAUGGUGGUGACAUACCUCCUCUACGCAUCUGCCAUAGACGGGACCCUCUAUGCAGCAACUGCGCUGCUCGGUAUCUGCUAUGGGGUUCAGUUCUCCGUCAUGAUCCCGACUGUCUCAGAGCUUUUUGGGCUGAAGCACUUUGGUAUCUUCUACAGCGUCAUAUCGAUAGGGAACCCCAUCGGGGCAUUCCUCUUCUCGGGCCUCCUAGCAGCAUACGUUUACGACACCGAGGCAGCCAAGCAGAACGAAUCGAAUAGUAUGCUGCACAGUUCUGGUUUCUCUUGCUUGGGUCCAGACUGCUUCAGGCUGACCUUCUUGGUUCUAGCUGGCGCCUCUGCCUUGGGCUCCAUCUUGAGCUUCGUACUAACAUUGAGGAUCAAGCCUGUUUACGAGACCCUUUACGCUGGCGGCUCGUUCAGGCUGCCUCGGACUUCUGAUGAUCAGUAAAUCGCUAGAAUCAGAGUGCGUUUAAGCAAUUCUUCCAUCUUAAUUUCAAGAAUUGGAAUGGAAGGGGAUACGUACUUCGGCAAAUUACCGCCGGAGCUACUAGGAAAAAUAGCCACCGCCCUUCCGCUCGAUGAAGCCACGAGGACCAGCAUCCUCUCCCGCCGAUGGAGGAGUCAGUGGAGAUCGGCGCUGCCAAACCCGCACUUCGCCGGCAACCCGACCACCCAAUUCGCCCCCAACGGUUACCCAAUCUCGUGCUUCGACACCGUGGACGAAUUCCUGAACUGGGUCGACAAGGUUAUUACCCGCGGGGCCGCCGCCGAGCUCUCGAUCGAAUCGCUGGGGCUGAAUUUCGAACCGGAGGAUACACAUUGCGGGUGGAUCGAGUUCAAUUACAAGGAGGACGGAUCCAAUACGGCGGCGCCGCUGGUGGACGGCGCUUGCACCUGCUGCCGAUUCAAAGUCGUGUCUUUUCGCAGGCCGGACAGAGUACUCUCCCUGAGCGGUCUGUUGUCGGGAAGAAGGCGGGGGGAACUUCUCAAGCGCUUGGCCCUGCGGAACUGCGACAUGGGAAUCCUGAGGAGCCAACUCACCGGCGCCGGCAACGGUUUUCAGUUUCUGAUAUCGCUGGUGAUGCAGAAGGGGCGAUUCAUAGAGGCGAGAUUCCUGAGCUGUUUCAUCUACGGUUGCCCGGUUCUCCAGGAGGUGACCUUGGAAGACUGCUACAUCGUGGACAAUUACGAGUAUGGGGAUGAGGACGACACCGUUCUACGACCUUGCUCCGGUGGUCGGUUGAUGAUCGUGAGUGAAAGCUUGAUGCUUUUGAGAUUGACUAGGUGCAGUGGCUUCGCGGAAGUUGUGUACGUGUCCCGAAAAAGAAAAAAUGAUUAUCGCCCCACAAUACAAGAUGACACGAUAGAAUUCGAUUUUUCUGAUUUCGAGCCAUUAUCGCCCAGCGAUGUUGCCUUAUUGACAUUCUCUUGGCAACUUGGGUGACAAUGAAGAGAGAGUUCA